UCUCGGGAAGCGUGGUCGUUCCCCUAGCUACGUCAUUACGAACGUCGCGUCGAAGCGAACAGCAGCGACCAGACAGUUUGAGUUUGAGAGACAGUGUGGAGAACGGAACGGAACGGAAUUGACACUACUGACAAUAGGAUCGAGUGAACGGCAGCGAACGGUCGAAUAGUCGAGUACGCGUGGUAACAGCGUUUUACGCGAAGCUCUGGCGAUUCGCGACGGCGUGCGGCGUGCGGCGUGGUCGCGCUCGCCCACGAGAUACACACAUACACACACGUCGUUGCUGUGCGUUGCGUCGUUGACUGGCCGGCGAACGUGAUUAUGCAAAGAGAGAUCGCGCGCAAGCGGAACGUUUCUGCUCUCUCUGGUGCGCGGGUCGGCGAUCGUCGAGAGCAGCGCGUCGUCGUGGGGUUACCGCGAAAAACGAACGAUCGCGGCCACGACAGAAGAACGGACGGGAAUACCACCGCGUGGUGAGCGUGGUUCAGCAGCAGCAGCAGCAGCAGGAGCAGGAACGUUUUCUUACAGUGAACUUGAACGAGGAAGCGCGGACGCGCGCGCCCGCGCGCGCGCCGCUUUGCUCGCCCGCAACACGCCCGAUCGUUUCCGCGGCGGAUCGCUGCCGGGGUGCGCACGAUUUGGACGCGUGAUCGUUCCCACGAGCGAAACGAAUACCCAAUCUCUUCCAGAGGUUUCCGCCGCGCGGGUGCAUCAACGAGAGCACGAGGGUACUAGCCGCGCGCGACUCUCGUAGACGAUCCUAACCUCUACCUAUGAGUGCGAAUCGCGUGAGAUCGCAGGCUUCUAAGGACAGUUUGCACGAGGGAGGCCCACGCCUGCGAUGAGCAUGCCGACGAAGGGGAAGCAUCACCACCUGUCCCACCAUCAUCAUCAUCAUCCGCAACAUCACUCGCAACAACAGCCGCCGCCGUCGCUGCAGCAACAUCACCAGCAGCAACAGCAGCAGCAACCGCCGCCGCCGCCUCCUCCGCCGCAGCAACAAUCCCAUCACCCUCAGGCCCAGCAUCAGCACCAGAUCAUCAUCAACCAGUCUGUCGUGCAUCCAUCUCCGCAGACCUAUAGCGCUGUCGUCACCACCAACACCCGCUUCCUGAAUGCUGGAUCGGAGUUUCAUGGAAACUAUAGCGGCCAACCAGGGGGUCAGGUGGGUGGAAGCGCCGCGAGUAAUGUAGGAGUACCCACGGGUAGAGGGCCUCCGCCGCUCGGCGGUAUACAAACGAUAGGACAAUCCGCAGCGGGUAUACCGCCAGGAGGUCCCGCCGGAGGGCAAGCACCUUCGCAAGUCCCGACACCGGGAGUGCAAUCGCAACCUCCGCAAGGUCCAGCGCCUACCACGACACCACCUGUGCACACACCAUCGCCCCAGGAAAUGGGAAAGCAGGCCCACUUGCAGACGCAGCCGCCGUCUUUACAACCAGUUUACGUGCCGACGCAAAACAGACCGACGUCUCAGGGCUAUUAUCAAACGGGUCCAAGACCACAACAACCGCGGGGUAUUGGUCACAGAGGUGGCCAGGGUACCAGCGGAACACCUGUAGUCGGGAUGUCUGGGGUAGGCGGAGGCGGAGGACAACCGCCUGCCCUGUAUCCUCAUCCGGCUGCUGGUUUGCCGGUACAGAGCGCAAUGUACCUUGGACAAAGUCAAGUCCAUGGACUGCAUACUGGACCGCAUCAGCAGUCGGUGUAUCCUAUCAACAAUCAAAUACCGAUUCAUCAGUUCUCUGGUCCACCUCAAAGGCAUCAGCCGCAUCAAAAUCAAUCGUUUUAUCAAACCUUCCAACCACCAUUAAUUGCACCGCCAAGUGUGUUCACUGGAUAUCCGCCCACCCAACAUGGCCCAACAGCAUAUUAUGUUUCAACAGAUUAUUAUACAACGUCAAACACGAUGAGUUUGACUAGGGCGAGUACGAGUGCGGUGAGCGGUGGAGCACAGCAUGUUCCGGGUCCGAUGGCCGGUACUCAAGCUCCAGUUGUACCUCAAGGUACACUUCAGCAACCUACUCAACAAGCCCAAACCCUGCCUCCGAUGAGUAUGCCUCUGUCGCAGACUGAUGUGUACUCGGGACACAAUGGUGGUGCGACGAACACUAACAGUGCCACCAGGUCUCGGAAACCUAGAGGACAAAAUGCCAUUUUGGACAUAGUAAAUCCGUUAACAGGCAAAAAUAUAAGUGACGAAAUUUAUAAGGAUAACGAAACUACGCAGAGUGGUGAAUCCAGUAAUCGCGAGACGCCACAACCACAGAAUAAUGGUGCGGAGGUGAUAGCCGAUUUUGCGGCUCGUGUCGCGAAGGCCGCGACAGAGGGGUCCGACACGGUAUCGACGAGCGCGUCCGAAACUGCGCCUAACACAAUACAAACAACGGCGCAAACGUCGUUAUCGAACAUUCAAACCAAUUCCUCUAAUGACGCAAAUAGUUCGUGUAGCAGUAGUCCGCCUAUGACAAAAAAUAUAGCUGGCGCUGGCGCUGGCAAAACGGUACCUACGAUAAAUAGUCAAUCGUUAGGUGCUUGUAGUAACGCGACGCAAAUCGACCCGAACGCGACAAAAACGGAGUCGAAAGCGUUGCAACUCCCCUUGAAGGAGUUUCAGCCGAGGAGUGAGAUAAAGAGCGUGACGAUCGAGGAAUCGUCACCCGUCGUCGUCGUCGUAUCCUCGGUGAUACCUGUCGCAAAUAAAGAUACUGUUUCCGUGCAGCUUACCGCGCCGACUGCUAAUACCGAAACAACGGCUGUGACAGCGACGAUGACAGCCGAGACCGAAUCCGCCGAGGCCGCCGGAACUACUGGCGUAGCCGUAACCGUUGGAACUGCAGUCGGAGCUGGUGGAACUGCUGUUGGUACUGGACUCGCCGCCGAGGUCACCAAGCAGCAGCACCAUCACCACCACCAUCACCACCUCAACGCCUCGUCCAACGUAGUACAGACACCGGUUAUCCCAUAUUGGAGUAACGUUACCCAGGAAAUCCCGAAACCGUCCGCCACUGCCUCGAGCGCCAAUCCCGUUCCUACCAGGGAGCCUUUCCCUAAUCUAUCCAAGACUUCGUCUAACUCGCCGCCGAGGAGAAAACCCAACAACGUUACCGAGCUGCCUUCGAAUACCAAAGAGCAAAAGGAGAGGAAGACCCGGGAGAAGAGUCUCGGCUCUCGAGGCGCCACUCCUACGCCCGUUCACAAUGUUCAGGCGGCCGAUCACCACCAUCAUCAUCAAAAGACGAACGGUGACGCAGCCGGUGACAAGAUAGAAGCGGAGAUGGCGCAUCCUAGAAACGAGAUUCAGCAGAAAGCAUCCGAUGGUAAAGCUAUGCAGAAGCAAAAAAGCAAAAACAAAUUGAAACCCCGCGAAUUGAAUCGCAAGGGCGCAGAGAAGGAAGGUACGGACAUGGAUGCCUUUGUAAAUACCGUAUCGGCAGCGAAAACGGCGGAGCUCAAACAAGACAACGGCAGCAAGGAGCAACAUGCUCCCGCCCUAAAAGAUAGCAACAAAGAGCCCAGUAGAGAAAUGAGCAAGGAUAUCAAGGACAAGGACAAUUACGAGUCAAAGAAGGAGAAGGAAAUUUUGCCCGUUCACACGAAAAUUGAAAAGCACGUAUCCACUGAGGUGCCUAAGGACAGCACUCCGGCCGUGCAACAGGCAUCUCACGUUGUCGCCGAUAAGGAAUCCUCGAUCAAGUCGGAAGACAGUACGUUUAAUGCGCUUCCUACGACAUCUCCCAAUGACGUCGUCGAUCACGCAGUGGUCAUCGAAGAGAUGCACUUGGAGGCAUUGGUCGCGCAGAAAAAUGAAGAGAAUUUCAAGGUAUCCGCGCUCCAUGCGUCCAACGACGAAAAAGCAGUGACGACAGUCACAUCGCCGGUCAUUACGACGGAGAAGAAGCAGGAGGUCGAGAUUUCCACUGGUAGCGGUAAUGCCCCAUUACUCAAAUACUUGUAUAAAGAGGGUCAAUGGAGUCCGGUCAACAUGAGUGGCAGAAAGUCCUACGAUCGGGAUUUCCUAUUACGUUUACAGUUUGAUCCUAACAGCAAACUGAAGCCGGCUAAUCUACCAAAUUUACAAGCUGUUUUGAAGGAUAGCCUGCAGAAUACACAUAAUACUAUGGGAGAUCUGCGAGCUUUCAAGGAUGCCAACAUUACUAGGCAUGAUUCGUUAAUGCCGGGAUUUGCAAAAGCAAAUAUGGGUACACGUCCGCCACCGACGAGCCGUAAGAGUGACCGAGGCAAACCAAAACCGAAUAAGCCAAAUGUUAUUCACGUUUCGCUAUCGUUGAGAGAAGAUGUGAAACUAAGAGAAACAGAAAAUGCAUGGAAACCAAUGAGGUUAAAGCAGCUCAGUCUCACGGAGGAAGAGGCGAAAACGGAAGUCCUCUAUAAGAAAGUACGAAGUGUAUUGAAUAAACUUACUCCGCAAAAGUUUGACACGUUAGUUGAGCAGGUUCGGCAUCUGCCGAUCGAUACGCAAGACCGCCUGCAAGGAGUCAUUAAUCUGGUCUUUGAAAAAGCCGUCGAUGAACCCAGCUUCUCCGUCGAGUACGCGUUGUUGUGCAAACAAUUGGCCUUGAUGGAAGUUACAGGUUCCGAUACCCAAGAUAGUUCCAUUAGCUUUAAGAAGCUCAUCAUCACGCGUUGCCAAAAAGAAUUCGAAAAGAAUCCAAUCGAUGAUGUCGCAAGAAAUCGAAGGCUAAAGGAAAUUGACGAGUGUAAUGACCCGGAGAAAAAGAAGGAACUUACGUUGGCGCUCGAAGAUGAGGAGCGCAGGAUACGAAUUAAAUCUGUAGGAAAUAUCAGAUUCAUCGGGGAACUGUACAAACAGCAGAUCUUAACCACGAAAAUUAUGCACCGAUGUAUUCGUCAACUCAUAGAUCAGAAUGACGAAGAUAGCUUGGAGUGUUUAUGCAAACUGUUGACCACUAUUGGCAAGGAUUUGGAAUUAAAAGGGCCUACUGAGGAGAUGCAAGACUACUUUAGUAAAAUGCAAGAGAUUGCUGCUCGAAAAGGUCAUAGCAAAAUUAGCUCUAGGAUACGUUUUAUGCUUCAAGAUGUUAUCGAUUUAAGAGCAAAUAAGUGGAUUCCGAGAAGAAACGAUAACAAUCCUAAAACGAUAGACCAAAUUCAAAAGGAAGCGGAAUCCGAAAGACUGGACAUGCAAGUGAACAACGCUCCGUUGAAUACUGUGCGAAAGGACGAUCGUAAUAACGAUAGGAAAAGAAAUCGUGGACUAGGUGGUCCUACUGACGAUGGUUGGAGUCAACCAGUAGGAAGGGUGAGACCUGCGACAUAUUCGGUGGAAACAGCAAAGUUAAAGAAUAAACCGCCACCAAUGGACGACAUGCAACUCGGCAACAGAGCAUCUUAUUUAUGGAGGGCUACUAACCCAUCCAAUAACUCCAAGACGAUAAGCUCCAACAAAUUUGCCUGCUUAGAGAAUAUGUCCAAUUUAGAUCAGGAUAAGAGGAUGCCGCCUUUACCGCUAUCUGGAUCGCGAUCGACUGGCCCAAGAGAGUGCGGUCGAGAUUACAAAUCUUAUGACGGUAGGAGCUCCCGUAACGGCACUCACCAAUCGGGCAGUGCGUCGAGUAGAGAGAGCCACCCAUUACUGGAUAACUCUCAAAGCCGGAACAUCUCGAUGCUUCCGCCCGUAUUGAAGUCUGCUUCACAAUCUGGGGCUAUAAGUCACAAAGCUCCAAUGUCGGAGCAAGAAUUUACAAAAGCUUAUAAUUCUAUAUUGAAACACUAUCUGGAGGAACCGAUUGUUGAAAAUACAGGAUUAGAAAUUCAACAAAAAUUCGAUAAUGCUACAUUUGCCAAACUUACUCGUGAAUGUAUUAAUCACGUUCUCGAGAAGUCACCUAUCGAACGAGAACUCAUCUCGAAACUAUUGUCCCAUUUGCUCAGGGCUACUAUUUUGCCUGUGGAAUGUUUCAAGAAUGGGUUAGGAGAAGUGCUUGAAAUAGUGGACGAUUUGGUUAUCGAUAUACCAAAAAUUUGGACUUAUCUAGCCGAAAUAUUAUCACAUUCGAUAGAGGACGGAGCUCUUGCAUUAUCCGAAUUGAAGAGUAUAUGUAUAAAUUAUUUGAGAAGGCAAGGCUGUGUAGGCAAAUUCCUUGGAGAACUUAUGACAAAAGUAAAUCGCAACAAAGGGCCUAAAUGGCUUGGCGAUAAGUGGGACCAAAGUGGACUUCAACUAAGCCAUUUAAUUGAUCCAGAACGAGAGAAUGUCGAUAAAAUUAUUCAGGAAUAUAAUUUGGAGUUUCUAACUGGUGAUUACAAUAGUGCCAAAGACUCCAUUGCUACCGAGCAACUCUCGUUAGAGAAAAUUCAGGAAAAUCUUAUAAGGCUCAUGAAAGAAAAUACUUCCUUCGACGAAAUUUGCAGUUGGAUAACUGCAAAUGUCGGUAGUAGAGAAAAGGAUCCUAAGUUUAUAAGACAUUUAAUGACUGCCAUCUUAGAAACUACGUUAGAACGACAGCACGGCACUUGGAAGCUAAACCUAGAUACUUUUGCGAGUUUGCAAACGUUAAUUCAACGGUUUGUCGACGCGAAUGAAUUAUUGGAAUUGCAGUGCCUCUAUGCAAUUCAAAUAUAUAUUAACAAAAUUGAGUUUCCACCUGGUACCCUCGUUCCCAUUAUGAACCGAUUGUGGAUGGAUAAUGUGAUAUCAAGUGACGCGUUUUUGACGUGGCAAAAGAAAACUCCGGAAGGUGCGGAUGUCGAAGGCCACAGCGUCUCAAUCGUCGCACUUACGUCGUUUUUCACAGACUUGCAAGAGCCGGACGAUAAUUCCAGUGUCGAGGAAUUGUCAACUAGUGCGAAUCAGGGCUGUUGACGAUACUGUGAUCGAUUGCAUUAUCGUCUAUUAAAAAGACUCAAGUACGCGUUUCCCCGUUGAAAGAAAAAUACAACGUCCGAAAUAAAAUUGCAGUUGUGUUUUUUUUUCGUUGAAAAAAAAAUGAAAAAAACGCAGGUACACUUCCAAGUAUUGAUGGAAAGAACGAUAUGAUA